AUGUCCAUGAAGACCGAUUUCAGUAUGAGUGAAGAGAAUGUGGAUCGGAUGUGCAGCUAUGUGAAACGCCUACUGCGAGACGACAAUAGUUUUCCAGCUUCAUACUAUGAGAUCCAGAAACUCGUAGCUGGUCUUGGUUUGCCGUAUCAGAUGAUAGAUGUCUGUAUCGAUAAUUGCAUGAUCUACUGGAGAGAGGAUUCAGACCGUACGACAUGUCGCUUUUGUGGCAAACUUCGGUUUAAGGAAACAAGUGGACGAGUACCAAUCCCACAUAAACGGAUUUGGUAUUUGCCUUUAACUGAGAGGUUAAAGAGGUUAUAUCAAUCACAGCAUAUGGCGGAGGCUAUCAGAUGGCAUGCAGAGCAUACAAUGGAAGGAGGACAAAUUGUUCAUCCGUCAGAUGCAGAAGAAUGGAAACGUUUUCAGUCAGUGUAUCCUGAGUUUGUGUAUGAGCGACAAAAUGUAUAUCUCGGCUUAAGUAAAGACGGUUUCAACCCUUUUGGGAAGCAUGGAAGACAGUAUUCGUUGUGGUCCGUGAUCGUGACACCAUAUAACUUGCCUCUGUCUUUGUGCAUGAAGCGAGAUUAUCUGUUUAUCACUAUUCUUGUUCCAAGUCCAAAUCAUCCCAAGAAAUCACUUGAUGUGUUCUUGCAGCCACUUAUUUAUGAGUUACGGAUGUUAUGGGAGAAUGGUGCUGAGAAGUUUGAUGUUUCCUCCCAACAGAAUUUUAUGAUGCGUGCGGUACUUAUGUAG